AUGGCGGGCUGGUUGCGGGCCAUAGGCGAGUACUUGGAGGUCUGAGCCCUGCACAACCUUGUGGAGCCAAGAUGACCCACUCUUUGGUUUGUCCGGAGACUGUGAGCAGAGUGAGCUCCGUACUGAAUCGUGAUACCAGGCAGUUUGGGAAAAAGCACCUGUUCGACCAGAACGAGGAGACCUGUUGGAACUCGGACCAGGGUCCCUGCCAGUGGGUGAUGCUCGAGUUCCCCCAAGGCGUUCGCAUCUCCCAGCUACAGAUCCAGUUCCAGGGGGGCUUCUCAAGUCGCCGGUGCCGCCUGGAAGGCUCACAGGGGAGCCAGGCGCUUUUCAGGAUUGUGGACUUCUACCCUGAGGACAACAACUCGCUUCAAACCUUCCCCAUACCAGCUGCUGAGGUGGACCGCCUGAAGGUGACCUUUGAGGACAUGGCUGACUUUUUUGGCCGUGUGGUCAUCUACCAUCUCCGGGUGCUGGGGGAGAAGGUGUGAGACUGCCUCCUCCAAGAAGCCCUCAGGGAAACACAGCCAAGUCCUUGUAGUUCUGCACAGAAGGUUUAUUGGUUUCUCUUGGGAUGGCCCUCUCCCGCCACUGUCCUGAGCGUCUCCCCGUGACCGGGAAGUGAGAGCUGCCUCUGAAGCUAGUUCUGGGUUGCCCUGGCUCUGGGUUGACCGUUUUGUUCCCUGAGUGUCUGAGUCCCUGAUGGCGGCCUUCACUCAGGGUCAGCAGGCACGAGGUUGCUCUGGAAGAGCUUGAGAAUGUGGUUCUCGAUCACCUGUUGCACUGGAGAUGGAGACGGGAGUGGAGAAGGCGGGCUGUGAGCCUGAAUGGGGGCUGCCGAGGCAGGUACCGCUCAGUUGCACUUGCCUCUUGGGCAGCCAACAAUGGAGUCUCCUACCCGAGACCCUGGCAGGUCUGAGGAAUCUACCCCCUCCCAGCGCAGAGGUGGGAACCCUGGGCACCUUUUCUAAAGCAUAUAAGGAUGCAUUCGUUCUUGGAGCGUUUUUAUAGCCAUAUGGUAUUUCUUAGCAGACCAAAUUAGUAGGUUGUGACUUCUAUGAAAAGAUGAUGGGAGCUGUAUGGAAUGACUUUUGUCCCAAAUGGAAUAAAAUUCCCCCAAAGAAGGACGAGGGUAUUUUUUAA